AUGGCAGGAGUAGAGAGCCCAAGAGCAAUGGUGAAUGUACCGAUUACGGUGGUCAGCUGCCCGAUGCAGCCACUUGGACCAUCGCCCGCUGAGUGCUCUAUGUUGGACACGUGUGGUCCAGAAAGCUUCGAAUUGGGCAAGACGUUGGGGACGGGCUCCUUUGGGAGGGUCCGAUUCGUAACGCACCGGGACACUGGGAAACACUAUGCGUUGAAGAUACUAAAAAAGAUCGCAAUCGUACGGCUCAAACAAGUUGAUCACAUCAACUCGGAAAAAGCGAUCCUCAAGACCAUACAUCACCCUAUGAUCGUAAACCUUUAUGGGUGUUUCCAUGACAGUCGUCAUAUUUAUCUUGCACUGGAGUACGUCGUCGGUGGGGAGUUUUUCACGCAUUUACGUAAAGUGGGGCGGUUCGAAAACGAGACGGCCCGAUUUUACGCAGCUCAAAUUGUGAGCAUCUUUGAAUACCUUCACUCAAAGAAUAUCAUCUAUCGUGAUCUAAAGCCAGAAAACAUCCUGCUUGCCUCGGACGGUUACUUGAAGCUCACAGACUUCGGCUUUGCUAAAAUUGUCGAACAACGAACGUAUACACUCUGUGGCACACCGGAGUACAUCGCCCCUGAAGUCCUGCUCAAUAAGGGCCAUGGUAAAGCAGUUGACUGGUGGACCCUGGGCAUCCUUACCUAUGAGAUGAUGGUUGGUUAUCCACCCUUUGUUGAUGAGGACCCAAUGGGUUAG